GAGUCUUUGGUGUCUUCUUCCUCGGAUGGCCACCUUGCAGUGCCCCGCAAAUGUUUGUCAAGAAGCCUGCUUAUCACAGCUGACUCGUUUGCGUGGCAGUCUCUCCCGAAUAGCCAGCAACCUUGCACUUGCCUGCUCCGACCUAAAUCAGGCUCCAACUGUCUUCAUUGCACUGGUCGCUUUCAGGAUGGCACAUGUACGUGACUCCGAUUCCGAAGAGAUCGACAGACUGGAGACGUUGGCAGGCAGGCCACCGGAGCCACCUCAGGGUCCUGGACCCUUUGGCCCACCAGUGCCUCAGCCUGUACAAUUGGACCAGCCAAUAGUUCACAGGAUCGCCGCGGCUAUUGGUGGGGCGCUUAGCCCCUUUCAAGGGCCAAUUUUGGUCUACAUGCCCAGAGGAUGGCCGGCUCUUCAGUCACUGAGCGUUACCAUCCGGCCUAUGACGGUCACGGAGAUGGAGCACCCAAAUGUCUUGGAGAUCUACGAUGACCCGCCAGAGGGCGAAGCACCGGAGGAUGGCGAAGCGGCUGAUGUGGAUGAAGAUGAGACUCCAGUGCAUGGGGCCAGUGAGGCUGCAGAGGAUGACGCCGGUGCCGAAGCAUCCUCGUCUACGACAGGAUCGUCUGUGGCUGCGACACCCAGAUUGGCGCCCACUCCGAAGCCCGAGGCUGUCCGGAAGCGCAAGCAAGGGACGUCUGGAGCCAAUUUGGCGAAGCAUGUGGGCGAGCAUUUGCACGAGCUUGCCGAGAUGGUUUUCCGGGAACUGGAAACAUUUGCGGCCGAUAAUGCGAUAGACAUCUGCCUUGUACAAGAGACCAAAUGGACCUUCGAUGGUAACUGGAGCACAGGCCAAUUCCACUUCGUGCACUCUGCUGGUGAAGCAAAAGAAGAUCGAGUUGGAGGCGUCCUUGUGAUGGUCUCAGUUCGAGUAGUUCCGAAGUGUCAUGACAUCCAGUACCAUGCUGUCCAUCCGGGCGACACAAAUUUCUUCUUCGACUACGACACACCCUGCAAGGUCUGUGGCAAAUGGGUUAUGCCGUCGACGGAGGCCCACAACAAGGACUCAAGUGACUUCAUGGCCAUCUUGGCGGUGCACUCACUUACCGUCCUUAAUUCUUGGGGUCGUCCGGCACAUAGGCAGCUAGCCACCUUCACCUUCGGGGAGUUGGCCUCUCAGAUCGACUACAUUAUCAGUCGACAAGACCAGGCCACUCACAAGGCCAAGCAAGCUGCAGUGCUACACCAAUUUCCAGUUGCAGCCUGGCGUGACGGCGCAAAACAUCACCCAGUUCUGGCACAGGUCACGGUUCCAGUACAUCAGUGGCCUAAGGCACCAGCAUCAUCCGUCCCCAAAUUUGACACACAGCAGCUCAUAGCUGACACUAGGAUGCCUCAACCUCCCCCAGCUCUACGAGCUCUUCGCGAGGACGUUGCCCAGCAUCUUCUACAGGCUGAAUGGGGCAAUUUUUCACAGUUGGAGCGGGGUCUACUAGAUCUGGCUCAGGCCCACUAUCCUGCCCGAACUCCGGAGGCCAACCCAGUCAAGGACACAGACGAGAAACUCGCCAACUGUGCACGUCACAUGUGGUCUGUGUUCAGGACUAUGCGCUCUCAAACCUUCACGGCCCAGGGCAUCGUCACGGCUUGGAGGCAGUGGGCUGUCUUCUCCAAGGCACAUCGUGAACAUAAACAGCGUGCCAAGGCCAAAAGCAAGGAACGGAAAUACGAGUUACUUCAUCGAGCUCAAGAGGCGGCGCAACAGGGCAACAUGCACCAGGACGGCCACAUUAUGACUCCCCAGGCCGAGCUGGACUGGAUCAUCGAGGAGUUCGGAACAAGGAAUGCGAAGUCUGGCAUCACCUUGAGCAUCUACCGGCAAGGAUGCUCGGGAUCGCCCGUGCUAUGGGCCGCCUUUACGGCACUUUUGGCGAAGGCUAUCGACUUGCGACUGCAAGCACAGUGGUGUCAGGACCACGCCACAUUAUAUGCAGACGACACUCACUUGAAGUGGACUUUUGCCACGGUCCAAGAAUUUGAACAGGCCAUCAACGAACUUCGGUGUGUUUUCGCCGUCUUCAGGAGACUCGGAAUGAAGGUCAACAACGACAAGACCCAGGCUAUACUAUCAGUCACCGGUCCAAUCAAGCACAAAAUCCACAAACUCUUUGUCCGUAAACAAGGCUCUGAGCGUCGACUUCUUCUAUCACCCGGUGAUCCUUCGCAGUGGGUGCUUCUGGUGGACAAGGCGGAAUAUCUUGGUCUCAUCAUCUCCUACCGUCUCCUUCACUCUUUACAGAAGACGAUUAUGAAACAUGUCAGGGCCAUUGUAUCGGACCAAGCUUUCCUGACUGGCACCACGCAUGAUACAAUCAUGAACAAAUACAACAUCAGGACGGCCAGCUGUCUGCUUGAGACCGCGCAUCGUCGGGAGCUUGAGUUGGAACCUUAUGGCGAUUGGAUGAUCGAUCCAGCCUGGAAUCAGGUCGUCGGUCAGCCUGAGUCUGAUGCAGAACAAGAGCUGUGGGCAUGCCCAGUAUGUGAAGAGCAGUUCACGAGUACGGCAGCUCUGAAGAUCCAUGCACGGCGAGCACACAAGCUAGUUGAUGUCAGCAAACAUCAGGAAGCCAAGCCUACGACAACUGACAUUAAGUUGGAUGAACUUGAUUGUCCAGUUGUGCAGAUGGCUCUCGUACAGAACACGAUCGCCAAGGGUUUGAAUCAUUUCAUACAUGUGCCUACCAUCAACCAACACCUCCUUCAACAUUGUGCACUUUGCGGACAAUGGCACAACUGCUUAUCACACAAAAAGCCACACCAAGCAGUACCUGCCAUUUCUGCCAGCGACGGACCAAGGAUGCACGGGAUGGACCAGGACAUGGCGGACUUCUUCGGGGAUUUUCACGAGAUGGAGGAGAUGCCGGGGGCCAUGCCACCAACGGGGGCGGCAAGGAACCCAUUUACCACUCCCAACAAACGGAGACGAGACCCGUUCGGGACUUACCGGCCGACACCGUCACCUUUUCGACCACCUCCUUACCAUCAGGUCCCGCAUCCGCCUCGAGCUCCGCACAGGGAUCCAUUGCUCUUUACUUUGGCAAAGACAGUGCUAAAGCAGCAGGAGGAGCUGCAAGUCCUCCGCCAAGACACGUCCUACAUACUAUUUCUACGAGCGGAGGAGCACUCCAUCUUGAACCAUCUCUACCAAACCGCGGUCAAAUUCAAACAGCAACAGGAGGCAGAUCCAGGAUGGAAGCUAGGACAUGUUCCCCUUCGGAUGGUUCUCGCGGUAUCUCUGUUCAAGGAGUUGACCGAUCGCUUGAAUUUGGUCCUGGCCUCUCAGGAGAAACUUCAGAAGGUGACGGCCAGUGGAUGGCGAACCGAGACAGGGUGGCGGUUCCAGAAAUGGAACCCCACCUUGAAACACCUCGAAAUCGAUCAGGCCCAACCUCCUAUCCCGGACGACCAGCUCCUGGACCACUUGGCUACGCUUCUUCGCGCAAUGGAAGAUAGGCUGUGGGGCCUUCUUGAAGAGAAAGGCUGCAGUGCUGUGGGUUUGCUUCGCAUUCAUUUUCAGACUCCUUGGCACCUGGCAUGCGCAGUGGACAGUGUUGAAGACGCGGUGCGAUUGGCAGAGCAGAUCACUCCGGGUUCGAUUCCUUCGGACCACAAACGGUUGGGAUCUCAGAUCUGGGAGUGGAUGACUGCUCACACAGGUCUUUUCAAGCGGGUGCAAAGCAGGCUUACUGCGAAGGCCACACGAAUUGAAGCGAACCCUGGAAAUUUGGUGUCUCCUUGUGAUAUCUUCGAUCAGUGCGUGAGCAAUAGUCUUGAUCUUUGCAAGCAGACCAGUCGUGCACAUGCUAGAUGGAUUUCGAAUGGCGCCGGGACCCCGGCGGAUGCAGAAAAAUCUUCUAAGAAAUUUUGGGGAACUGUCCUGGUUCAGAUCAUGGUGGAGGCAAAGCUUCCUAUCGUUGACAUUCCGGUUGAGAAUGAGGAGCAGCGUGUUUCUUAUGCUCUCCGAGCCCUGGGAGCUCGGAGGUCCAAGACACUCAGGAAUCGUGCAAGGACCUGGCGCAAGGCUCGUGACUGGAUGCUUUCAGUGAAAGGUUACCCUUUCCCGAAGAGUCCUUCUGACGUUGUAGAUUACCUCAUCUUCUUGGAGCAGGAGGUGGGUACAAAGAGCUGCAUUUCUGAGCUUAUGUGCGCAUUGUCUGUCAUUGAGGAUGCUGGACAGGUUCCUUUGACAAAUCAGCUGUGCAAGAACCGAUUGGUCGUCGCGGCCUCAAAGAGCACCGGGGCUGAAGUGCAGGACGUGAUUGGCUGGGCAUUGGAUUUGAUUUGUGGAAGGGCCUGGGACAGCUUGAUCGCACUUAUUUGGUUUUCCAGUCUUCUGAAGAUUUUGAGGAAGCUUGGUGAAGGUGUUUGGAGAUCCAGGGCUGAGGGGAAGCUACUGGGUGAUGAGUGCUAUCUUUUCUGGACAGGUAACUCGAUCGUAGACAAACCGCGGUGGUCCGCCAUGGCCGCGGACCCAGCUGCACAGCGUGCAUAUCUUCAGGCUAAUGUGGAUGCAGACUUUGUGUUCCUUCUUGAGGAACAUGGGGUCGAUCUGGCACUUCAGUUUGCUAUCGGUCAACAUUACAAGAGCAUUCGCACUUUUGCUGCUUUCGCCGAUGAUCGUGGUGCAGCACGUACUGCGAUUACAGCCGAUUUCGCUAUCAGGCCUGAGAGCGCUGCGGAUCGAGCUAGGAUGGCAUGCAUCAUCACUGCUUGGGCAGCUUCCAAGAUGAUUCGCGAGGAGGGCAAGGACGGCAAAGGGGAAAAAGGCGGCAAGGACGGCAAGGGUGGCAAGGACGGCAAAGGGGGCAAGUCCACUGGCAAGAUUCAGGUCGGGGAGUCCUGGUAUGAGUUGGUGGCCAAGACUCCGGAUGGUCGUGAGCUUUGUUAUGCCUACAAUAUCAAGCGUGGAUGUCAGGUCAAGGGAUGCCAGCGCGUCCACGCGUGUCGCGUGAAGGGCUGCCAGGGCAACCAUCCGGCAUAUCAACACGGUCCGUCUCGCAAAUCGGAUGUUCGUGGCUCCCUGGAGGCGCUUUGCAAGGCACAGAGUAUCACUUUGGUAAUGUCAGAAAUUGACAUCUGCCGCGAUCCCAAGCUAGACCUUUUGGAUCCUGCCAUCGCCGAUCGAUGUUUGCAGGAGGUUAAGAAUUCUGAGUGGGAUGUGGUCUUGGUGACCCCACCCUGUGGGACCUUUUCGCGGGCUCGGUGUGUACAGCCGGGUCCUCGGCCACUGCGAUCACGUCUUUAUCCUUGGGGCUUUCCUUGGCUGUCCGAUUCUCACCGAGCUCUUGUUGAACAUGGCAACCAGCUUGUUUCUUUUGCCUUUGACAUCUGCACAAAUGCGCUUUCGAAUUCAGUACCUUUUCUACUUGAGCAUCCUGAAGAUUUGGGACUCACUUCCAACGGUCAUGCUCCGGCUUCCAUUUGGCAGCUACCGGAGGCCGUUGCUCUCUUCAAGCAUGAGAAUGUCAUCACUUUCGCAGUAUACCAAUGCCAAUAUGGGGCGUUUUCGCCCAAGCCCACACGUUUUCUGUCUUCUAUUCCGGUUACUUCUCGAAUGCCCUUCACUGGGCCGCCUCGGUUUGACGCUUCAGAUCGAUACCUCGGCCCUUUGCCGAAGUACUGUGGUCAUCGGCAUCAGCAAAAACUGCUCGGGCCUGCCGCUACUUCCGCGGCCGCGGCCUACCCGGACGAUUUGUGCAGAACCAUUGCUGAAUGGUGUUUCUCCGUCUUCGAUGGGGGGGGGAACACUGGCUGCAUUGGCUCCUACACUGGUGCUGGGACCGGGUUUUCAGUUUCCAGCGAGGGAAGUGGAGGCUGGCUCGGGCGCUUCCCCUGCGGAGCGACUUGCUGCAGAAUGCUUGAGGAGUGGGACAAUUUCGCACGGGACUGGGAAGGUUGUCGCUUGGUCCUGGCCGGGUACACCAUUGCGAACGAUGGGCAGCUCGCUGAAUCGGACCGGGAUGCUUUACUUGACUUGGGAUUCGACCUGCCAGGAAAGCGAAAGCGGGACCACUGCGAGACCACGACCGCAGGGGAUGCUGGCGACGAUGGGAAGGAGAUCGAGGACCUACCUUAUAGUGAGCUGAAGUCUGGCUGUGAGGGACCGCCCUUGGUGGGCGAGUUCGCAGGGGCGACUGACGAGUUUGUGGACGGCUUCGGUAGAUGCUCGCCGGGGCGUUGGAAACCUAUCUGCCGGGGGCGCCACAUGUCUCCUGCCGCCGCUUCCUUUGCACAACAGCUUAAAGAUCGUGUUCGAAAGUUUGUUCUUGAAAACGUGCCUGAUCUGGCAAAAGCGACUUUUCGUCUGGCGACGGGGCAUUGGAAUGGUCCCUUGUUCGCUCCGGAGGCAAUGGACAAACUUCGCGAGGACUGGUUCUGCAUGCUGCCGGAUCCUGCACGAGCAAGGGAGCUGAUUCCUCAUCAGCCAUUCUACUUGAGGGCAAUGGCACAGACCCUAAAAAUCUUGGAGGAUCCCGACUACCGCAUCAUCGAGGAGGGCAAGUUCUGCUUCGUGAAUGGUGUGGAGGUCGGACACACUGCGCCAUUGGGGCCGGUCCCUCAAGUCUUCAGAGCUCGUCGAAAGGAUCAGAAAUACGAUGAGUCCGAUUGGCAACCGCUGAUGGAUAAUUAUCGGGACGGCCCUGAGGUUGCAAAAUCGCUUGAGGAAGCAUUUGCAAAAGAAGAGGCAGAAGGCCGUAUGUUCCCACUCUCUCUUUCAGAGGCCCGGGCCCGCUAUCCGGGGGCGGCACUUCGUAUUGCAGCGCAGGCAGUGAUUCCGAAACCUGACCAAGAUUUUCGUGUGGUCCAUGAUGGGACCCACGGGGUCCACGUUAACAAUGAGAUUGUUAUGCUGGACCGUCUUGAAUCGCCAGGGGCUAGGGAAGUGUCCGCGAUCCAAAAGCUGGGCAGCGUGUCUGAUGAGAAAGUCCUCUUCGGGCUCGUGGGGGACGUGAAAAAGGCGCACAGACGCUACUUGCACCAUCCCGACCAUUGGGGGGUGCUCUCCUGCAGAACGAGGAGCGAUUCCUCUGUGGUCUGGGUCAAUCGCACCGGGACUUUCGGAAUUGCUUCAGCGGCUUAUUGGUUUGCGCGGAUCAUCGGUCUCGUGGGCAGGCUUUCCCUCAGAGUUCUUCUUCAGUCAUUCCUCUUCAUGCUCAUUUAUGCCGAUGAUCUACACGUGCUCAGUGGGGGACCCGAUCGCUGGCUCAAUCUCUGGAUGUCCCUUGCGCUACUAUGCCUUCAGGGGACCCCCUUUUCAGAACGAAAGUGGCGCGGGGGACUGCAACUUGAUUGGGUCGGUUAUUGGAUUGAUUAUGGACGCUUCAAGCUGGGAAUAUCUGAAAGGAGGUGCCAUUGGAUCAUCAGUGGCAUCGAAUCCAUGGAGGGAAACGGCUGGCUUGUGGAUGUCCGACGAUUUCAUGAGCUUCACGGGAGACUCGGUUUCAUGUCCCAGGUCUUAGUUUGGAUUAGGCCCUUCUUGGCUCCUGGUUACGCUUGGCUGGCUGCUGUGAGGAAGGGGGCUGUGCUCGCGCUUCCCAAUCUUAUCCGUUGUGUCUUGAGGUUUAUCGCUGACCGCUUGAGGCACGGUGCUCGUACUUACGAAUCGGGCCGUCUUGAGAAGGACUGUGGGGAGCUUUUCCGCACGGAUGCCGCUUGCAAUGAUUCUUCGGUUGUCUUGGGCGGAUGGUUUUUGCACAAAGGGCCGGAGCCAAAGAAGGCCCCAUGGUUUCAGAUCACUUUGAGCAGGGACGACGCUCCUUGGUUGUUCAAGAAGGAUUCGGGCAGUUCGUGGGCGAGCACUUCGGCUGAGGUUCUUGCUUCGCUUGCGGCGCUACACUUGUUGAGACGUGACUUCAAGGAUCUUUGGUCAGUUCCUGGACACUUCCGUGCUUGCUUCUGUGGUGGGACUGAUAAUAAAUCUGCCGAGGCGCUGUCUUGCAAGCUGCUCACGACUCGAGUGCCUCUCAUGUUUGUGGUGAUGGAGUUCGUCACCUUUUGUGACGCUCUGGGUUUCAGAUGCAACCUCAGCUGGAGACCCAGGGACUCCAAUCAGGAGGCGGACCGCAUCACCAAACAUGUUUUCGAGGACUUCGAUGAAAACUUGAGACUGCCUUUCAGCUGGUCAGAUAUGACCUUAUCAGUUCUGCCGUCUCUCUUGAGAUUCGCGAGCUUUCAGUCUGAACUUGAUUCCAUCAAGGCCUCGAUUGCGGAUGAUGGAACAACCUCAGCUACCUUUGUCAUGGACGUGUCUCUCAGGAGCCAGUUCUCAACAACGCUUUGGGAGACGCUGAGGAUUCUCCAAAACAAUGCGAUCUUCCAGCUCAUCGGCACCACUUACAAGACGGAGACCCUCGGCCGGAGCCCCAUGGAGCAACGCAUUCGGGAUUUAAUGUACGGCCAGCAGUGA